AUGGGGGCGUUGUUGGGCUCCACAAUGCUGCGGUUCGCUUAUAGCCGCACACACCAGGCGCCAGUUAGGGUUUUGGGCUUCGACAGGGAAGAAGAUGGCGGCCCCUCCGGAGGGACCGGCGAGAGUGGCAACGGGGACACCUGCGUCAACGUCCAUGCCCACACCUGCAGCGGCGACGGCACUUACGUGCAACACGGACGGCGACACCUCCUGCCGAUGAAGAUGGAGGUGACGCUAGCCAAGGACAAGAAAGCCGCCGGCGUUCCACUCAGACAGAUGACAACUUGUGUAUGCACUGGUUUUCAGCAACCAGUUUGGGAUUACUUGUACUAUAAGAGAAGAUGUGGAAAUGCUAUAGCAACACUAAACGAGAUCGAAUAUGAUGUUGAUGCAAAUGCAAUGUUAUCAAGUAAUGCAGAGGAGAGGGAGGUCAGAUUAGUAUUAUCGAGGGAUCAAAUAACAGAGCGAAAUGUGGAGAUAACACCCAUUAAAUUGCCAAGAAUGGCAACAGUUAGUGAAGAUUUCACAGAUGAGUCAAUUAAUGAUUACAAGGUGUGGCUUAACAAUAUGCAUGAAGAGGGCCAAUGCAUGGAUUUUAAAGAUAUAUACAGGGAAGACACGGUCAAGACUUACAAAGAAUGGUUAAGGGUGCAAGGACAACUUGAUGAUAUUAGUGCAUAUGACAACCAUAGGAAUCACAUAGAUUUACUAAAUUCAAGUCAAGAUAGCAAUCCAACACCACUUUUGAACCUACCAUCUCAUGCUCGGCGUGAGAAAACACUGGGAAAUAACUCCCAAAAGAGGAAGGCACGAGGUACCGUCAAAGGAUUGGCAGCCAUGCACAAGAGAUCCAAACAGGGCAGUCAGAAGCUUAAACUCCAAUUCUCUAGACUUGGAGGAGCUGCAGGUGAGAACACACGCACAUUUACUGAUGAAAUAGUAGUGUUUACUAGAAAAAAAGCACCAAUCAUUGGAGUGAGAACAUGGAGAGAUAUCCACGAAGAUGUAAAAAAAUCAAUAGCAUCUGAUAUGAUGCAUAAGUGGGACAUUGAGGAUAAUGAGGAAAAUAGGAAAAAGAUAUGGACCAUCGCAAAUGAGCGUUACAAAGGAUGGCGGUCCACAUUUAGUGCUACAUACAGGGCGUACACCACCUAUGAUGAGAGAAUGAGACACAAGCCUGAAGAGUUGGACAUUGUUGAAUGGCACUAUCUGGUGUUGUAUUUUGGCAGUGAAAAAUUUCAGAGGAUUAGCAACAAGAAUUCUCAGAAUCGGCAGAAUGUAAAGAUACACCAUUUGACAGGAUCAAAGUCUUUUUCUCAGUGUAGCUAUGAACAGAGGGACCCAUUAACUGGUGAUGAGCCAAAUGAUUUGGAGCUUUUUAUGUUGAUGCACAGUAAGAAUGGGCGAUGGACAAGCCAAGAAUCUAGGAAUGUCUAUGAUAAUGCAAGCAGCAAAAUUUCAGAGAGGGAAUCAAAUGGAGAUGCAAACAUCAUCUCAGAUGUGGAGCAAAACCAGAUUUUCCAGACAGCCUGUAAGGAAACAAGAAAAUGCAAAUCAGCCAAGAUCCUUGCUAAUGGAUACUUGGCAAGGUACCCAACAAGAAGGCAGCUACUCUCUGAGGAAUACCAGUACCACGUCCGUCAAGAUGCGGCACUCAUGGACGCAUUUUCAAAGCUACAAGAAAGAAUUGAAGCUCAAGAGGCUGAAAGGGAGAUCGAAAGGGAAGAACAUAGGCGUCAGAUGGAAGAAAUGUUGAAGUCAAGAGAGGCCGAUAGAGAAGCACUUAGGCAAGAGUUUAUGUCAAUGAUGCAAGCAGCACAAGGACAAGCAUCCUUACAACAGGCUAAUAAAGAUGGGGAACAAAUUGCAGAGGUUGCUGCUACAACAAACAUGGUGGAAGGAAACGUAACUACAGAAAGUGAAGAAAUAUCACAUCACCAGGAUAACCUAGGUAGCAGCCUGCCACUAACACAGCUCGCAGCUACCGCACCGGCAGGUACAAGUACUACUCGCACAACUAGGAGUGCUGCAAAUAAGUCACAAACAGCCCAAAACAAUGGAGGGAACAUGACAGUUAGUUUUACUACUACAAAAGCACUUAAGGAUAAUGCAGCUAAGAAACGAGCAUUAUCAUCCAAAAGGAAUCAACAAGCUAGCAAUGCACAGGAGCAAGACAGAGUUUGACAGGAGCGCUCAAGUGAUGGGAUGGUCAAUGUCAAGCCAACCAUUGUUACAGUGCUACACAUAGCUCGUUACAUUUUGAUUUGUUCAUCCUAGCUUAGUGUGUGUCGGACACCUUAUGUGUUUCAGUUUUGCGUGUGUUAUUGAGUAGCUUUGAUAUUGGAUGGUUUAAUUGAUGAUGUGGACAAACAAAGGAAAUUUUGGUUUAAUGGAUGUUUGA